AUGGUUGUGAAAUUAUUAAAACGUAUCUUUUCUCUAAAAAACGAGGACAAUAAGACAUCAAGUCUAACCGGUGAUUUGAAAACCCUGUACGACAAUGCCACCUUCUCUGAUGUGAAGCUUGAAACACCUAGGAAAACCUUCCGAGCUCACAAAGCCAUUUUAAGUGCCCGAUCUGAUGUGUUUAAGAACAUGUUCAGUAGAAACAUGAAAGAGAAAAACAGUGGACACGUCAUCAUAACAGAUUUGGACGAUGAGACAGUGCACCAAUUGUUGACGUUCAUAUAUACUGAUUCCCUAGGAGAUCUGACAAAGGAAAGUGCUUUUAAAGUCUAUAAGGCAGCGCAUAAAUAUCACAUCCCGCAUCUAAAGCAGACCUGCUCUUCCUUUUUGAUAGACAACUUGCGUCCAGACGCCGUUUGUGAUGUCAUAUUAUUGGCUUACAAGCAUCAAGACAUAAAUCUGAAGAUUCAUUUGCAAUCUUAUAUAUUGCGACACGACAAAGAAGUUUUUUCUACUCCGAAAUGGAAGCAAUUUAUGGUUAAUAAUCCUCAACUAGCGGCUGAAGUGAUGUAUCAAACAGUUUCUCAGAGUAGAAUAUAA